GCGGAAAAUCUGAAGAGAAUACGGCGCUUCUCAGUCGAAAUCUGGAAUGUGACACAGAACUGGAUAGCUACAUCUUCACGUUCAUCAGUCGUCCUUGAUCGUUUAAUUAAUAAUAAAUUACGAAUAAUGUACGGAAAGCACGACAAUGAACAACAAUUAACUGGAGCUGAGGGUGUGGAGACAAUUCUCCUCGAUCACGACACCAAACUUCGUCUCACAGCUGAAAUUGAGCAGCUAUGUGAUUUGGUUAAGGAAUUGGGUCGUGUCGUCACCAAGUUGGAGACGGCGCAGUCUCGUGUUGAAGCGUGGAUCAAGCUGUGGCAAAACCCUGGCCCAGUUACCAGUCAUAUUUUGCAAACUCUAACUGAAAUCAUUCCUGAUAUGAUUAGAAUGUACGAGCGGGAGCUAAGUGUUCGUCAAGCCGGUUUAGCAGAUAUCGCUGAGUACGAGCAUCGUGAUGUGUUCGCUGCCGUGGCGUUGAGUUACAAAUAUGAACCUUUUGAAAUUAUAGAAAUCUCGUUUGAUGCUCUGCCUGAAGGCGAUGAGGUACUGGAGAUCCUACGUGCUGAAAAAGCAUCUCUUCAUUUCUGGAUCGAUUUGGGAUUGGAAUACUAUCGGUGUGGACGAGUAGAUGACUUCGUACGUUUACUGGAAGUUUCUGGAAGCGAGGCUUCUUUGGAUUAUCCCGAAGUCGAAAAUGACCAGAUGCGUGCUUUGGACAUAUUGGCCGCGUAUUAUGUUAGAUUGGGCCACAAAGAGCGCACAUCUAAAGAACGGAAGCGAGACCUUUUUUCAAAGGCGACGCUGCUGUACACGACAGCAGAUCGAAUAAAAAUGUAUGAUAUGCCACAUUUAACCGGGCGAGCUUAUUUUUGUUUGGUCGAAGCUCGAGCAAGCAAGGUGGAUCAGGCUGACCAGCAAUUCAAUUUUGUUCUUAAACAGGAUCCUUAUGAUAUACCGGCUAUGAUGGGUAAAGCAAUUAUAGCAUUCAGUAAGCAAGAUUACAAGACGGCGUUGUAUUUUUUGAAAAGGGCUCUUCGACAAAAACCUAGUGGACCUGCUGACAUGAGGGAAAUGGCGAAAGUGGAACGACUCGCAUGGCAUGCAAUGAACAUGACGGAGAGUGAUGAAAUCAAGGCCGAAGCCUGCUACAUCCUUGCACGAUACUUCCACUAUAGCCGGGAUUAUGAGAAAGCAUUCAAGUACUACUACCAAGCAACAACAUUGAACCACCCUACAUUUGUACUGCCCCAGUAUGGUCUCGGUCAACUGUAUAUAAUGCGGGGCGAAUUUAAUCAGGCAAUCGCUGCUUUUGAAACCGUUUUGAAAGCGAUGCCAAAUAACGUGGACACCAUGAAAGUUCUUUCAGCUCUAUACGCUCACACCGACGCCGGCAAUCAGGAACGACAAGAAAAAGCUCGCGAAAUGCUGACAAAAGUCCUGGAGGCAAUGCCUAACGACGUGGAAGUCCUGAUUGAUCUAGCCCAACUUCUAGAAGGAACGGAUCCGCAGAAGUCGUUAACUCUUUACGAAACCGCUUGUGAGCUGAUCAAACCAUGUGAAGAUGGCCAAAUGGAUGCUCCCGCGGCAAUUUUGAACAAUAUUGGUGCUCUUCAUAUGACCAUGGAAAAUUACGAGCGAGCGAAGGAAUACUUUGAGGCUGCCGAGGCUAAGCUUCAGGAAGACCUAGAGGGAGACCUUUGCGACUCCAAGUUGUCAUCCUACGUCAUUACUAUGCGAUAUAACCUUGCCCGUUGUUUGGAACAUCUUUGCUUAUUUGAGGAUGCUGAGGUGCUUUACAAAGCCAUCCUCAGAGAACAGGAAAACUACACGGACUGUUAUCUCCGACUUGGCUGCCUUGCUCGUGAUCGCGGACAAAUUUACGAGUCAUCAGUGUGGUUCAAGGAGGCGAUGUCGGUAGAUCAGAAUAAUGCGGACUCUUGGGUACUCAUAGGAAAUUUGCAUAUGUCGAAACAUGAAUGGGGACCAGGACAGAAGAAAUUUGAGCAAGUUUUGAAUAAAAUGGACAAGGAGGAUGCAUAUUCAUGGGUGUCGCUUGGGAACGUCUGGAUGGAGAUGCUAUUUAAUCUUGGCAGGAAGAAAACGGAUGACCUUCCAGCUCAAGAGGCGAAAUAUAUGGAUCGCGCACUUCAAAUGUUUGGAAAAGCUUUGAAGAUUGAGCCUAAAAAUAUCUGGGCAGCAAAUGGAAUCGGCUGCGUACUAGCUUCAAAAGCAAUGUGGCAAGAUGCUCGAGACAUAUUCGCACAGGUUCGCGAGGCUACCUCAGAAUUCGAAGAUGUUUGGAUGAAUAUCGCUCAUGUUUACAUUGAGCUUGGGCAGUACGUUCCUGCUUUACAAAUGUAUUCCAAUGCUAUAAAGAAAUUCGACAGGGAGCAAGAUCACCAGUGCUUAUUGUAUUUGGCAAGGGCAUUUUACAAAGCGGGAAAGUUGCCAGAAAGUCUUCAAACAUUGGAAAAGGCCAUGUUCGAAUCUCCCGAUAAUGUGCUUAUUAAAUUCAAUUACGCUUUUGUUCUCAAAUUAAUGGCUACAGAAGUAUUGCAAGAGGUUAAGUCAACGGCAGCGCAAGUGAGAGGCGCAAUGGAUGAUCUAAAAACUGCUGAAAGGAUGUUCUCAUACAUUUCUGCGAGUCGUGAUGAGGGCUUGUCGGGAUCGCGAUAUGUUUCGCGUACACAUGCCGGUGAUGAAGCUAGAGCAUGUGAUGAUUUACUGAAGCAAGCGCAAACCUACUUGGUACGUGCACAACAGCGCGAUGAAGAAGAUGAACGGCAACGGGCAAAGCAGCAUGCGGAAAGGGAAGCCCUACGGCAAAAACUGGCACAAGAGAUUGAAGAACGUGAAAAAGAACUUCGAGAAAAGCAAGCUUCUAUGGCUAGUAUGAGAAAUGAAUACGUACAAAUGACCAAGAAUCUUUUGCGGAUACCCGAAUUGGUUGAUGAAAAGAAAGGUGGGCGAGGAGGUGGUGGUGGUCGGAGACGAAGAGGCGAAGGUGGAGACGAAUUCGUUAACGACAGCUCUGACAUGGGCAGCUGGCAUGGGGAAGAAGGAGGAGGUGAACGCGGCGAAAAACGUCGAAAAGAUAAGUCGUCAUCUAAAAAAGCGGCAAGAAGGCGGAGAGAGAAGCGCGCAGCUGAGGCGGGUAGUGGAUCAGAAGGCGAAGAAUCAGCGCAGGAGCGUCGUCGUAGAAAGAAGGAGGCCGCAGAGCGAAAAUCUGCAGCCAAGUUGUCUCAGAAACAAUCGGCAAAAAUCAAAAGUAAAGCCUUCCUCUCGUCCGAAGAAGAUUCAUCUGAUGGUGCACCCGUUCGUGCUCCUGAAGAUGUGGUUCCUGAAGAAGACAGCCCGAGACCGCCAAGGAUUACGGAUUCCGAUGACAGCGACGAUAGCAUUCCUCGUCAGCGACGGAAAAAG